CUCACGUGCAAGACAGUGUUGUGUAGUUGUAACAUGAGAUGUCAAUGUAGCAUAACAAGAUUCUCCUGCAUCAAACCAAUCACCAAUGCAAGCCAAUCUACAAGUAGAAAUGAACAGUAAAGUGUAAAAAAAAUAAAGUUUCAUUUUUUUUUGAAAGGUUAAGGUAAGGAAGCACGAGAAGUCCACAAAAGCAACCAGAAGGGACAAGGGAAGCUCGAUCCCAUGCCAUGUGCGGAUGGGGCAUCAUUUCAGUUUGUAAAUAGCAAGUGUGUCUCUCAGCACAAACAGGCUUAAAGAUGAGAUCUUUGGUGUUGGAUUUUCACCAAUGAAAUAUUAUUGUGGAGAAAGAAGGAAGAAGCCAUGUGGGUGUCUUUCGUAUAUUUUAGUUCUCUCUUCUGACACUCCCCAUCUCGUCAUCUUAACUCCACGCACAAUGGGAACACACACACAAGUUUUCUGCUUGCUGAGUCAUGGAACAUGAACAAAAGCACCAGUGAAGGUAGAUAGAUCUGAAGAUGGAAGAUGGAACAUGCGUGAGUGUUGAGUGAUGCAGUUUUAGAUCUUGUUGAAUUGAACAUGAUGAGUGGGAGGAAUGUGAGAGAGUCUCUUCUGGGAUCUCUCAACAAUCACCGUCGAGGGCAUAGCUUCAAUGGGGUGGCCAACAACAACCACGAUGACAACCUCGAUCUUUUCUCCAACAACCGUCGCUCCCUCUCUCUUGCUUCUUCUGAUGAAUCUUCUGAUGUUUCGGUGAAACUGGGGAGGCUCUCAGUUGGAACAGCAAAACCGGUUAGAAGUGGGAUUGAUGAUCUGUUAUCAUCUGCAGAAGGAGGGAAGCAUGAUUAUGACUGGCUUCUCACUCCCCCGGGAACCCCUGUUUUUCCAUCAGAAGGAGAAUCCCAAUCAACCCUAGUUCCUCCAAGGAGAAGUUUGACUAGAUCAACAUCUACCUCUAAGGCCUCAAGGCUUGCAGUCUCACAAUCAGAGAACAGCAAUCCUUCUAGACCAGCAAGAAGCAGUUCUGUGACUCGCUCUUCCAUCUCUACUUCACACUCACAAUACAGCUCCUAUUCUUCAAACAGAAACUCCUCUUCAAUCCUCAACACAAGUUCAGCCUCAGUUUCAUCUUACAUAAGACCAUCUUCCCCAGUAACUCGAUCUUCAUCGGCAUCAAGGCCGUCCACUCCCUCCUCUCGCCCCACAGUAUCACGGUCCUCAACACCCUCCAAACCACGUCCAGUUUCCACCAACUCCACUGCUGAAAGGCAUAGACCAUCAUCUCAAGGCUCAAGACCAUCCACACCUAGUUCUAGGCCUCACAUUCCUGCAAACUUGCAUUCUCCAGCUGCUCCACCAACUCGGUCACUGUCUCGGCCUUCCACUCCCACACGUAGGAGCUCAAUGCCAUCUUUAUCUACUUCUCCUUCCCCUACACCGGGUUCUCUGUCUUCAUCUAGCCGCGCUUCAUUGAAUGGACGCAGUUCAGCACCUUCAUCAAGGCCAAGCUCACCAAGCCCACGAAUUAGGCCUCCACCACAGCCAAUUGUUCCUCCUGAUUUCCCCCUUGAUACACCACCAAACCUUAGAACAACAUUGUCUGAUAGGCCUGUUUCUGCAGGAAGGUCACGUCCUGGUGGUACCUCGUUGAAGGCAAAUGGUUCUGAAACUCAAGCCUCCUCCAUUACUAAUCCAAGGAGACAUUCAUCUCCUGUUGUUAGCAGAGGGAGAGUGACAGAACCUUUGGCAAAAAGCCGUGGCUAUGCCAAUGGCCAUCAUGCUGAUGCUCCUGAGCCUAGGAAAGUCUCACAUACUCCUGAGCUUGCUGCAAGGAAAUCUGUUAAGGCUUCAACUACUGGCACUGAAAAUAAUGGAUUUGGGAGGACUAUCUCAAAGAAAUCCCUGGACAUGGCUAUUAAGCACAUGGAUAUAAGGAACGGCUCGGGAAAUAUCCGUUCACUAUCAAACACCACACUCUUCCCUCAGAGUAUUAGAACUUCCACUCCUAGGAGCCAGUCUCAUCGAGUUUCGAGUGCUCCAGCAUCUGUAGACAUGAAUGGAAGCCUGCUAAGCAGCAGUAACAAUGGAUCCAAUUUUGAUAUGGGAAAUGGUAUCAGUAAUAGGAGUAUGAUGAAAGCUAGAGAGGUAGAUGAAAGACAAUAUUCUGCAAGAGUGAGUGAAGUAGACAUCUAUGAGAGUUCUCGUUAUGAUGCACUGUUGUUCAAAGAAGAUUUGAAGAACACAAACUGGCUGCAUGGUGUUGAUGAUAAGUGUGAUCAAGGCCCCAUAUUUGAUAACGGAUUUGAGCACCUGCCAGAACCUUUUGGCCUCUUAUAACAUCAUAUCUAAAGAGGUUGUUCUUCCUAGUGCAUUUGUAACAUGCUGUUUUAUGUUCUAAUUAUUAUCUCAAUUUUUUGAAAGGAUGUGAUGUUUCAACUUAUAUAGCUCAAAGGUGGAGAACAAGUGAAGAUGCAUUCAUAUGUUUUCUGUAAUCUGCAGAGGAAUCAGUGGAUUUAACUUUGAUCUCAAACUUAUACAAACAAUGCAGGAAAAAGAAUUGCAUGAAAGAUGUUCAAUUUUCUUUGGGAAAAUUAGAGUUUUCAGAAAUGAGGAAUCUUGUGUGCAUACCAUGCAUGAGUUCAUGAAAAGGCAAAUGUAGUACUGUGAGUACAUAGAAAUCGAAUGUUUUUUAUGCAAACACUAUGGCUGAGUGUUAUUUUCCCCUUCGCAAUGAACAAAGUAGUGAGUUUCACUUCUUCA